GAUUUCCGUCCCCAAGAUGGCAGACGGGGAGCAAAAGAAAAGCUAACUGAGUUGUUGAAAAAAGCUGAUGAUGUCGAUUACAAAUUAAUCGAAAUAAUAAUCAACUGUAAGAAUAGCUUCAAUAAGCUCCCUCUGUUCACCCGGUUGGAUGAAGAGAUUGGAGAAGCAGAACUGCAAGGAAAUUAUGUUGAUCCUAUUGUGUACCCCAUGUUUCACGAUCCAGAAGAAAACAUAUAUUUUCGAUGGUUAAACAAGCAAAUUCAAGACACAGAAACCAGAAGACCAGAGGGUCACAUUUAUAAAAUGAACCAAAGGAGGAUUGCUGGUUCAGUUGGUUUCGUUGAAAUAAAAGUAGAAAAAAGUGAUUCACUGAAGAGGCAUGAAGAUAUCCUUCGGCUUAUUGCCUUCUGUAAAGAUGCGUUGGAGAAUCAAAGCAGUCAAAACUCCAUGAUUGCAGUACAAGUUGUUGGCUUCUAUAUUUCUUUCCAUAUAUUCAUUUGUGUAGAUGGAUUAUAUUUAAUGGUUGAACUGUUUUCCUUCGAAACUGCUAAAUAUCUCAGUCAACUUCCGCUGGCUAAGCUCGUUCGAUAAGUUAAACAGAUAAUAAAUUGUAGCAGGGAUUUACGUCGAAAAUCAAGACAAGAUCAGGCGAAAAAUCUCCAAUAUAGAUCUAUCGACCCUUCAACGCAUUAUCAAUAUAAAGAAACCAAGAAGCUUAUCAGCGUCCCUUUCGUUCAAGAAAUGUUUUGAAAAAUAAAAAAUAGAUGAAAAAUAAAUUCUAUUUCAAGCAGAAAAUACAUCUAGUCGUUUCUUUGGAAUAAAUUCACGGAUUUUUAAA